UAUUAUAAUUACGUUAUGUUAUUACUUUUUUAGAGUAUUCUAGAGUAAAUUAGAACGUCCGUUGUGCUUCUGUUAAUAAAGUGAGAUAUGAGUGGGUACCCAAAACUAUCUGAGUAGAAAUUGACUCAGUUUAUUUAGUUUUAUGUGAUGCUUGUUCAGAAUUUUAUUGUUUAGUAACUUUAUCAUAUAAGUUGCGACUCGAUUAAUUUUAGAUUUCUAUUUCGAAAGUUAUGAUAAAAGGGUAAAUUAAUGAAAAUGUGUAUCAACAAAUGUAUGUUAUUCUGUUUUAUUAACAGUCAAAUGUGUGGAAGACAAAUAUUCAAGCUUGUACCUGCUAUUUUCGGUUUCAUAUUGUUGACAAUUUUUUUUAACUAAAAAAGGAUCGAUGUUAUCUUCGUACAUGGCAGCUGUAUCCAUAACAAACAUGAUGUGUUGCUUCCAAGAAGUUAGCUUGAAUCAUCCUAUUUAUAUAUAAUAAUAAUGCUUGCAGAUUCUCUCAAUCUUGGUUGUUACUAGUUGACCUCCAUCGAUCUUUAGAGAGAAAACUUACAUCUUUUGGUGCUACAAGAAAGAGCUUCAAAAUAUAGAGACAUGGAAACAAGUGAAAUAACUAAUUCUGCUACUGAAGCAAUCCCAUCUCUAAUCAAAUAUAUUUACGAUGAAAUGGAUGACUUUGGCAUCAUAGUAGAUAAUCAGCUUGAGCCAACAGGAUCUACUUCUUUUGAGAACUCACCUGUCGUGGUAACUGAAGCUGCUACUGAACGACAGCAUGGAAGGAAGCAUUCGGUUUCCAUUAGUUUACCACCCUCUCCUUUGGCUGGUUACUCACCACCGAUUCAAAAAAGAGUUGUUUUCAGUGAUAACAAUGAGAUUAUAUUCAGCAAUGUUGACUCUUCUGAUUCGGCUACUACAUCAACCGAUAAUAGCACCAGACGUAACAAAAAAGUCAAGUUUUAUUCUCACACAAUGCCAAGACAUACUGCAUUUCCUGAGGCACCUGCUAUGGGGAAACUUCUCAGCUAUUCAGACUUUGCAUCAAGGAGUCCCAAGACGAUGAAGCAAAGGGAUUCAAGGUUCGACUCUUACAAAACAUGGUCUGGUAAACUUGAGAGACAAAUUUCAAAUCUGCGCGGAAAGAAUGUGGAAGGACAGCAAGAGUCAAACUCUCGACCAAGUGCAGAGAUUGAAAAUAUUCCUGUAGACCGGUACUUUGCUGCGUUGGAGGGACCAGAGUUGGAUACUCUACGAGCUUCAGAGCAAAGUAUUCUUCCGGAGGACAAGAAAUGGCCUUUCCUUCUUAGAUAUCCUAUUUCUUCCUUUGGUAUCUGUCUUGGUGUUAGUAGCCAAGCUAUUAUGUGGAAAGCUCUUGCCACUUCUUCCUCAACAAAAUUCCUCCAUAUAAGCUUAGAUGUAAAUCUUGUCCUUUGGUGCAUAUCCGUUGCCCUUAUGGCGGUUGUUGCUUUCACCUAUGCUUUGAAAAUCAUUUUCUACUUUGAAGCAGUUCGUCGUGAGUACUAUCACCCCAUACGUAUUAACUUCUUCUUUGCUCCGUGGAUAUCACUUCUAUUCUUAGCACUAGGAGUUCCACAAUCAGUUACUAAAACCCUUCCCAUAGCUUUAUGGUACAUUCUUAUGACCCCAAUCUUUUGCUUAGAGCUUAAGAUCUACGGACAAUGGAUGUCUGGAGGACAACGAAGGCUCUCAAAGGUUGCCAACCCUGUAAAUCAUCUCUCGGUUGUUGGAAAUUUUGUUGGUGCUUUGCUUGGUGCAUCCAUGGGACUAAAAGAAGGCCCGAUAUUCUUCUAUGCUGUUGGAUUAGCUCAUUAUGUGGUCUUGUUUGUGACUCUUUACCAAAGACUUCCAACAAAUGAGACGCUGCCAAAGGAUCUUCACCCGGUCUUCUUUCUAUUUGUUGCUGCACCUAGUGUUGCUUCUAUGGCAUGGGCAACCAUCCAAGGGUCUUUUGAUUAUGGAGCUCGGAUUUCUUAUUUCAUCGCUCUGUUCCUUUAUUUCUCAUUGGCUGUUCGUAUUAAUUUCUUCCGAGGCAUCAGGUUUUCUUUGACUUGGUGGGCGUAUACUUUCCCCAUGACCGGAGCUGCUAUUGCUACCAUCAGGUAUUCAGCUGUAGUUACCAACACUCUCACAAAGUGUCUAGUCGUCAUACUUUGCUCUCUUGCUACACUCACAGUAACCUCGCUUCUUGUGACAACUAUCAUCUAUGCCUUUGUAAUAAGAGACCUCUUCCCAAAUGACAUUUCAAUUGCAAUUAGUGAAAGAAGGCAUAAAUCAAGUGGAAUAUGGCAUCUCAGUAGCUCAGACACCAAACAUAUCGAACAAUAUCUUAAGUAUGUAGAUGCAUCGGAGGAAAAAGACAUUGAAGCUUCGCUUGCACAACCAAAUUCUACUACCAUCAACUCUGCCUCAAACCAACUUCCUCAACAAUGAGUUAUGCAGUUCCAUCACCCUUUUUUCUUAAUUAAUCAAGUGAGGAACACAAAGAGUUUGACAGUUCCUGUGAAGUUGAUCAUAUAGAAAAGUAUCAAGCUGUUUUUGUUUGAGUGUCUUUCCAAAUUUUUUUACAUUUGUAUAAACAAUGGUCCUAAUGUCAUCAAGGUUGUUAUUUUUGUUUUAUUUCUCAA